UCAGUCUUGUCUACUAAGACGUUCACAUCGUUCACAUAGAAGUAGUGUUGCAAUUGUUGCAGUUGAGUGAUUUAGAUCUUAUCUCCGUAUUUUAUUCAUAAGUGUCUUGGGAUUACCUUAUUAAUUACCAAUUGUUAUUCUGGAGUUCAGUAUUUUUUUAGUUUUUAUUUAAAACAAAAACAGGCAUGAUUUCCGCUAGGGCAUUGCAUUACGUCUUCAAAAUCGGAAACCGAGCAAAGAAUGCUCACUUUUUCCGUGACGUUCUCGGAAUGCAGGUUUUGCGCCAUGAGGAAUUUACCCAAGGGUGUGAUGCUGCUUGCAAUGGACCGUACGACAACCGCUGGAGUAAAACAAUGAUCGGAUACGGACCGGAAUCCUCUCAUUUUGUCUUGGAAUUAACCUACAAUUAUGGCGUUAAAGAAUACGCCUUGGGAAACGACUUCGGAGGCGUUACCAUCCGCUCAACCGACGUAAUCGAACGUGCCAAGCGGGUGAAUUAUCCUAUGACACAGGAAGGAAACCAAUUCGUGCUGAUAUCGCCGGACGGGUACAAGUUUUUCGUCACCAACGAAGGCGGUCUGGCCGAUAAGAGUGAUCCGGUGCGAAAAGUUACACUAAAUUGUACCGACCUUAAUCGAUCGGUUCAAUACUGGCACGAAACGUUGCAGAUGAAGCAGAUCGCCAGGAACGAUUCUUCCGUCCAGCUGACCUAUCAUGAUGGAGGGUUCGUUUUGGAGUUGGUUCAGAUUCCAGGACCACUGGAUCGCGCCAAAGCUUACGGAAGGAUUGCCUUUGCCGUUCCGUUUGAACUUCAACCGAAGAUUGACGAGCGGAUUCAACAAUCGAAAAACACCAUUCUUACGCCACUAAUUUCACUUGAUACGCCCGGAAAAGCAACGGUUCGAGUAAUUAUUUUGGCCGAUCCAGAUGGUCAUGAGAUUUGCUUCGUCGAUGAGGAAGGAUUUUCAGAGCUUUCGCAAGUCGAUCCCACCGGGGACGGUCAACUGGACAAGUACAUCAAGAAGGACCCAUUCCAGGAGGUUUAAAUACUCUAAAGUAUGCUCACUUAAGCCUAGGUUGACUGACCGAACAUUCGACGAAAUUCCAGCAGUUGGGUACCGGAUUAUAUGGAGGAUGAAGCUGCAGGUUGAGACUAGUUUUUGGCCCAUAUAAAAGUUGAUAACAAUGUUAUAAUGAAAAGUGUUAUAUACCCUUUAAAAAGUAUUUUCAAUGUGUAUUUAGGCAAAAAAAUUACCUGAUACGAGAUUUAUAAUUAUUUCUGUGAAAGUUUUAGAAUUGUACAAAAAAAAUUCUGAGAAAAAUCGACUUCGAAAUGAGUAUCGUUUAAAAUGGGUACGAUGCUUAGAGUAAGAUCAGCAAUUCUCAACCUAGAACAACAUUGCAUUGAAAAUAUUCCAUCUGAUACAAUUAAAUUUAUUAAAUUCACCUACGGAAAAUCAUCUGAAUGAGGAUCUAAUAAAGUCAUCCGACGUUAUCUAAAGGGAAGAUUUCAAAGCAGGAACAAAAUAAGAUUCGGUUGAUUAAUUGUGGAUUAAAUAAAAGCAUUGUUUUG